AUGGCUGCUGUUUUCCCAAGAAGUUGUUACAAGUGUGGUGAAGCUGGACAUUUAGCUGAUAAUUGUCAACAAGAACAAAGGUUAUGUUAUAACUGUCGCCAACCGGGACAUGAAUCUAAUGACUGCCCAGCUCCAAAACAAGCUACUCAAAAGCAAUGUUACUCAUGUGGUGAUUUAGGACACGUUCAAAGUGACUGUCCAACACAAUCCCAAGGUGCUAAGUGUUACAACUGUGGACAAUUUGGACACAUUUCUAAGAACUGUACCGAGGCGGGCAAUGAAUCGGCUAAAAAGCCUGCAAGCAGUAAAUUACAAAAGCCAGCCACUACUUGUUACAAGUGUGGUGGACCAAACCAUUAUGCCAGAGACUGUCAAGCUGGUGUUGUUAAGUGUUAUGCAUGUGGUAAGACUGGUCACAUUUCCAAGGACUGUAACUCCGCAUCGGGUGGUGAAUUCACCUCCAAGACUUGUUACAACUGUGGUAAAUCUGGUCACAUUUCUAAGGAAUGUGAUGAAUAA